CCCAUGUCUAAGCCAAACUCAAGCUAUAUGUUCGUACAAUGCAAACUACCACAACAGCACUGUAUUCUCCCUCCAUGAUGCCCGAUUCAAGAACGCUACAAAGUCUCAUAUGGUGGUAUUUCCUGUUUCAAUUGCUCUGUAUGGUGAUAUGCAGUCCACCUGAAGAUCCAGUGCAAUGUGCGUCGAAAAAGUUCAAUUGCACCAUAACCAAUUCAUAUGGGACGUUCCCUGAUCGGAGCGUGUGCCGGGCAGGCAAUGUGGUGUACCCCACCAACGAAGAAGAGCUCGUGGCAGUUGUAGCACAAGCGUCGAUGAAGAAAAGAAAAAUGAAGGUGGCGACACGCUACUCACACAGCAUUACUAAGCUAGUUUGUCCAGGAGGAGAGAAUGGGCUACUGAUAAGCACCCGAUAUCUCAACCGCACGUUGAGUGUCGAUGUGUCCACGAUGCUAAUAACGGUUGAGAGCGGUGCGACGCUUAGGGAGGUUAUCGAUGUGGCUGCAAAGUCAGGGCUAGUGCUGCCUUAUACACCAUACUGGUGGGGCUUGACCAUAGGUGGGCUUCUAGCAACAGGUGCGCAUGGGAGCAGUUUGUAUGACAAGGGCAGUUCUGUUCAUGACUAUGUUGUGGGGGUUCGAAUCGUCACACCCGCCUCGGCGAGCGAGGGCUACGCUAAGGUCCGGUUGCUUGUUAACAGUCACUCCGACAUGAAUGCUGUUAAGGUUUCUCUUGGGGUUCUUGGAGUUAUUUCACAGGUAACUCUAAGAUUGCAGCCAAUUUUCAAACGGUCCAUUACCAAUAUUGUGAGUAAUGACUCAGAUAUGGGAGUCAAAGCGGUCACCUUCGGCAAUCAGCAUGAGUUUGGGGACAUAACAUGGUACCCCAGCCAACGUAAGGCGAUCUAUCGGAUGGACGAUCGGAUAUCCUCCAAUGCAUCAGGGAAUGGCCGCAACGACUUCAUAGGAUUCCGUUCUACAUCGACAUUAACAUUGGCAUUAGUACGAUCAACCGAGGAGGGUCAAGAAGCCACAAGCAAUGGUGAUGGGAAGUGCAUCGAUUCAAAGCUAACCACAUCGACACUUAUGACCAGUGGGUAUGGAUUAAUGAACAAUGGUCUCUUGUUUACGGGCUAUCCGGUGGUUGGAUUCCAUAACCGUCUACAAGCAUCCGGGACAUGCCUAGAUAGCAUAGAAAACGCCCGCCUUACGGCAUGUCCUUGGGAUCCUAGGGUCAAGGGACAGUUCUUUCAUCAGACGACAAUCACCAUUGGAUUGUCCAAAGUGAAGAAUUUCAUUAAAGAUGUGCAGAAGCUUAGGGACUUAGUGCCAAAGGCAAUGUGUGGCCUAGAGCUCUACAAUGGGAUCCUCAUUCGAUAUGUAAAGGCCUCGAGCGCCUACUUGGGAAAACAGGAAGAUGGUCUGGAUUUCGACAUUACUUAUUACAGAAGCCAUGAUCCAAUGACCCCAAGACUGUAUGAAGACAUCAUAGAAGAAGUGGAACAGGUUGCAUUGUUCAAGUAUGGAGGGACCCCACACUGGGGAAAGAAUCGGAACCUUGCGUUCGAUGGGGCAAUCAAGAAGUAUGACAAGAGAUUAGCUUUCUUGAAGGUGAAACAAGCAUACGAUCCAUCUGGGUUGUUUUCAAACGAGUGGACGGAUCAGAUCCUUGGGAUCAAGGGUGGGCCAAGCAUAAUCAAGGAGGGAUGUGCACUGGAGGGAUUGUGUAUAUGCUCAGAGGACCUCCAUUGUGCACCAAAGAAAGGUUAUUAUUGUAGACCUGGUAAGGUGUAUACAGAUGCUAGGGUGUGUACACGUUUAGCUAGCUCUCAUUAAGAUCAAGGGUCUGAUUAUGAUUAACAAAGGGAAGAUGGAAUGGCCCACUUUCCUAAUGUAAUUAUUAAUGAGUCAUGAAGAUCAUCAUUGUGUGCUUUUCUUCUUAUAUUCUAGGCUUCCAUUAUCAUUACAUAGAU